AAUGAUUUGAUCAUCAUCAACGAGAAACACAGAGAGAGAGAAUCUUAAAUUUGCUCCAGCUCCUGAUCGAUUCCGAUUUUUCACAAUUCUUCCUUGGAUCUGCUCUUACCUAGUCACCAAUCACUUGGCUGCCAUUUUUCUUUGCUGUGUUUUCGUCAUCCAAAACGAAGCUGUGAUCAAACUGGAACAACAAUUAAUCGGAACUUUCGGAAGUAUUUAGAUGGCAGAAAAAGCUUGUAUAAAGCGUCUUCAAAAAGAAUACAGAGCACUUUGCAAGGAGCCAGUCUCGCAUGUUGUUGCUCGGCCUUCCCCAAAUGACAUUCUUGAGUGGCAUUAUGUGUUGGAAGGCAGUGAAGGAACACCUUUUGCAGGUGGAUUUUACUAUGGGAAGAUCAAGUUCCCUCCAGAAUAUCCUUACAAGCCACCUGGAAUAACAAUGACCACACCAAAUGGUCGAUUUGUGACACAAAAGAAAAUCUGCUUGUCUAUGAGUGACUUUCAUCCAGAAAGCUGGAAUCCAAUGUGGUCAGUGUCAAGCAUACUUACAGGACUUCUCUCAUUUAUGAUGGACAACAGCCCCACAACGGGAAGUGUAAACACUAGUGUAGCCGAGAAACAACAGUUGGCGAAGUCAUCUCUUGCUUUUAAUUGUAAAAAUGCAACAUUCCGGAAACUAUUUCCCGAGUAUGUAGAGAAGUACAGCCAGCAACAAGUAGCUGAAGAGGAAGCAGCCACUCAACAGACGACACCUGAGGAUUCUCCUCAGAAGGAAAAUGCGAAAAUCGAAUCAGAGAAAAGCAUUGGUCUUAAAAAGGAAAAUAUUCAAGAAGUGGGAUUGAAAGAGAGGAGAAAGAACAAGAAAGAAGCAUUACCGGGUUGGAUAGUAUUGCUGCUAGUAUCGAUUGUAGGUGUUGUAAUGGCGUUGCCUUUGCUUCAACUGUGAUUUAGAUGCAAAUGCAACGCAACACAACAUGACUGCAAAUCAAUCUGGUAAAAUCUGUUUAUCAUCGUCUCUCACUCUCAGUACUAAGCAGUGUCUUUUGUUAUCCCCCUUCUCUUGAAAAGAGAACAGAUACAUUGAGUUUGGUAUGGUAUUUGAAAUUACCUAUAAAUAUAAAUGUUAGCU